ACGACUCCACUACCUCGGUCGGUACUCGCCGGCGGCGCGACCGCGACUCCCCCCCAACCACCAUCCCCCGUCUAUCCGGCCGGCGAACCCCAACCCGGCGACCAGCGACCGGCAGCAUGCGCGGUGGCUACUCGGGCCGCGGCGGAUUCGGCGCCGGCCGGCAUAGCAGCAGCAGCAAUGAUGGCAGGGGAUACCACGGGAACCCUUGCCUGACGAUGCACCAGCCGUGGGCGUCGCUGCUGGUGCACGGCAUCAAGCGCGUCGAGGGACGCUCCUGGCCGUCCCCAAUCACAGGCCGGCUCUGGAUUCAUGCUGCGUCCAAGGUCCCGGAUCCCGACACCAUCAAAGCCAUGGAGGAUUUCUACAGGGAGAUUUAUGCCGUUGACGGGAUCACUGACAUCAAGUUCCCUGAUCACUUCCCCGUCUCACGCCUCCUUGGUUGCGUCGAAGUGGUGGGAUGUCUCAGGUCUGAAGAGCUUGUUUGCUGGGAAGAUGUGCCUCAGUCUGUUAGGCUUGAAGGGCUGACUGACUUUUGUUGGCUUUGUGAGAAUCCACAGAAGUUGGUGGUUCCAUUCGAGAUGCGUGGUUACCAGGGUGUCUACAAUUUGGAAAGAAGGAUCUAUGAUGGGGCCGUGAGGGGCCUUACACCCGUUCAAGGUCCGCUACCCAUCAAGUUCCCUCUUCCAGAUCCAAGAGAUCGCUUCUCUCUGAAGCCAGGAUCCCUCACAUUUGAUGCUUCCAAGUCUGAGGUACAAAAGUCCUCGAGUGUUACCGCAGCGAUAGCCGGGGCUCGAGCUGCAGCUACUCAGUUCUCAAAGAAGGAUCCCAAUGCCGCUACUAGUAGUGAAACUCGUGUGCGAGAGCAAUCUUGGGGAAAUCAUGCUGAUAGCAAUUCAGGUAAUGGCAAUCUGCCGUCCGUUGUCCAGGGCAGUCCUGCGUAUCUACAAAACCAGAACCAGCCUUCCAUUUUCCGGAGCACCACAGCCUACUCGCAGAACCCUGAUACCGAGCCCCGGAGAAGUCCCAGACUAGAAUUUGGAGCUUCCAAUAGGCUUGUUGCAGUGGCACUGAGGGAACUUAAGCAAUUAAGCGUGAGCGAGAGAGGAGGACAACCAGCUGGCAGUGGCAGAAGCUGACCAAGCUGAGGAGUAACUUGAAGCGCACGUGAUGGUAUCAGCAAGUCCUUCCUUGUAUAAUACAUACAGGUAACCGUAGCAUUUGGUCGUAUGCUAGUUUCCGGUGAGAUUGAUGGAUGGUAGAAUGGCACUGUGCUUUGUUGUUAGUUGGGUAGGAAAUAUACUCCAGUUAGUAGAUGGUAAGUUAAUCCCGGCUGCGGCUUGCAGCGGAUGGAAUCGUCUUGGGUGGAUGGCCCUGGCCCCUCUUUGAUUUAUAAGUGUUGUGAAUUACUGUUGACACUCACAAUAAUGUAAUCCUCCUCGGCCGUCACUGACACUCAUUUGUUGUCAGUAAGUACUCUCAUGCCGCCUCCAAUUCCAGGUAGCAUGCAUAUAUAGUCUGUUUGGUUUGGGAUAUUUGUUUGGCUUUUCUUUUUGGUGUUUGGGAUAUAUUUGUCUGUCAGUCUAUACGCAUGGCAGUACUAGGGAGGAAGGGAGGAAGGAAAGAGGCUGGAAUGAAAUCCAGUGAGGAGAGCUAGCACUAGCAGUGGGAGAUGGUGACGGGAUGGCGGGCGGGAGGACUCGGAGGUUGGAGCUCCGAGAAUGCAGGCAGGUUCGUGCACCUGGACCUGUCCGCCGCCGUUGACGAGCCGAACGAAGCUGCGGGGAUGGAAAUGAAGCAUGCGAUGCACUGCACUGGCCGGCUGACUGGUGGAAGCAUGCCGAGACGAGGAGCUGGCAAUCCAUACGAAUAUUAUUAUACUGUUGCACAUACUAGUGGCAGCAAUUUUUUUUUAAAAAACCUAGUGGCAGCAAUAGAAUGAUACCAUUUGCCUGCACGUGCCCGUAUCUUGUAUAAAUAUACGAUGUUUAAGACAA